CGUGACGUGACGACGGGGUCGAAUGCGCGUGCCCGACGUACGAGAUACGAACAUCGACAUCCGUUGAAAGGUUCCUGUCUCACAACUAUCCCUCUCUCCUUCUCCUGCCGUCAGUGCACCACCGAUUUUUCUACGCGUCCGUCUGCCCGCCUGCCUGCACCUCCUCGCCUGCCCGUGCCAGUGUGACUCAUAAUAACACGGUAAUGACAUCAGGCGUCGCACGCGACUACGUCUCUCGCCGCGGAGUGAUUGCCCAAGGUCCAUCCUCAUCCACUAGACGUCGAGAGUGCAUCCGCGAAGCAUUCCCGAUCGUCCUCUGUUCCCUACCGAUCCCUUUUGAUUCUGAAAACUCUCGCCGCAAAUGGAAUUUCGAGCGGGAUGCGCUUUCGACGUGAUCGAAAUUAACGAAUGACUCGAAUGCUGGGCGAGAAUAAGAAAAAUACGGACACCUAGAUCCUUUUCGAUUUGCGUUUCCUCCGUCCGGAAGAUUUUGACACGCUUGCCUCCUUGCAGAAUGUUGACGUGCAGCGCGUAAGACAGAGCAAUUGUAUCUGUGUAACAUCUCUCGGAUUACAUUGGAAGAUCGGAGGACAACAGGAUUGCGCACAACCUUGUGGUCAUCCGAAAGCGCAAUGAUGGAUUUGGAUCCGCCAGAAUUUCUGUCCAAGGAUGAGGAGAUUCAAUACUGGAUGGAUCUGGCAAAUCAACUGCUUCAAAGGAAAGAUGAUGUCGAACGGGAAUUGGAAGAAUUCCAGGAAAAUUCACAGAUGUUGGAGAAAGAGUUGGAGACUUCUCUGGAACAAGCGGAAAAGACAAAUAGGGAAUUGAGACAAAGAAAUACAAGACUUGCCACAGAAGUCGAACAAUUGAGGACACGACUAGAUCAACAGUCUGCAGAUUGCGCCAUGUUCCAGGGAAAGGCGCAAGAUUUACAGCAACAACAUGAACAUCUACUAAAAUAUAUUAGGGAACUCGAACAAAAAAAUGACGACUUAGAAAGAGCACACAGAAUAAAUAGGGUCACAGAAGAGGAAAUAGAAGCUAAGUUUAAUUUAGCUAUAGAAAAAAAUGCUUUGCUUGAAUCAGAAUUGGAUGAAAAAGAAGGCCUAAAAGUCAUAGUGCAAAGAUUAAUGGACGAAGUUAGAGAUUUAAAACAGGAAAUACAAGUGCACGAAAGACAUCAUGCAGAUAAUAACAAGUCUGCUGAAAGAGUUCGCAAUAGCAUUGUCGAUAGUAAUAAGCUACAGGCCGAAUUAGAAUCAAAUUCACCCGCUAGCCAAAUAGUCCCACCAACCAUACCUCCGAAUAACACAACAACUUCGCCGAUAAAAAUUGGACAUGGGAUGGUAGGGGGUGUUAUUGGAAACAACAAUAACAACAACAUGAGCCAACCAUUACCACCCUGCACUAGAAUACUGGCAAUGAAUAUGAUCGGUGAUCUUAUGCGAAAAGUCGGGGCGUUGGAGAACAAGCUGAACACGUGCAGAAACGCGUUUCGAGAAGAUCAAGUUCGCGAUCUCUACAGAGCUAGACGACAAGUCCGAAGCCCAGCCUCAGGAAACAACAACCACAUUCGAUUGUAAGCGAACGUAACGGAAAAAAAAAAGGAUAUAAUGUCGCAGCGAUCAUAUGUCCGCGCAUCACGUUGCAAUCCCGAUGUUAAUGUCAGUCGGAAACUCCCAUAACGGUGAAUUUCAUUCAAGUCUCGUUGAGUUAAUCACAAAGAGAGUCCACGCAAAAUCGGAAGGAGUCGUCAUUGCCGAGUUGCAUGAAAAAUAAAAUCACUGUUCAAUUCUGUUUUUUCUUGGUAUACAAAACAAAAAAAGAAGGUAAUAAAUAUCCUCGCAUAUUU